AUGAGAAAGGCGACGGGUACUGAUCUGAGGUUCAUUGUGGGCAACCAAGUCCCCAAGUGUGCUCCAAAAAUGUUGAAAUCUUACAGUGAAAGUAGAUCUGCCGUUGUGACAAAUACAACUAUAGAGAUUGUUGUCCCUAAUGCCGUGACUGGGUCCAUUUACAGCGAAAAUGGUAGCAAUUUCGAUCGUCUAAGACAGGUAUCUGGAGCUAAGGUCGUAGUACAUGAACCUCGUCUUGGAACAAAUCUUAGUAUUGUUGUCAUAUUCGGAACACCAGACAAAACACAAGUUGCUCAGAGCUGA